AUGCUAAGUUUAAGAUGGUUAUCAACCAAUUCAAGUGAAUAAUUUGAAGGAGCUUUAGAAAUUAUUUCAAGUUUUGUUUCUUUUACUGAAGGAUUCAAUUUUAUUAUACUUAAAUUUAGAUCAUAUAUAUUAAUCAUUUUUAUAUCAAUUAAUAUAUCAAAUAUUAAAUUGAAUUAAACAAAAAAAACUAAAUUAACUUAUUAAAAAUACUAACCUUUAGUUUUAUUUUGUAAAUUUUUCUAUUUUAUUUUUUAGUCUAAUAUUUGUAUCCGACAAAAGAAUUGAUUAAAAUAAAAGCACUUCAUUAUUAUGUCAGCUUCUUUGUAACAGAUUAAACAACACCUCAACCUCCAAAAAAAUUUUUUGGCUAUAUUCAUUAUUAGGAAAUGUUUCUAAAAUAUUAAGUUAAUUUUAUUCAAAUGAUUAAAUUAGCUAAGCUAUAGUAUUUCUUAAUAAAUAAUUAAACACAACUUUUGGUGAAAUUCAAAAAACUAUGUUAGAAUUAACAAUACUUUAUUUCAUUUUUUUAAUCUAUAAGAAUGGGAUGA